AUGACCGUGGGGAGGCCUGCGGGAGACCCCCGCGGCUCGGAGUGCAGCAGUCAGGUAUUUCCUCCCAAAUCCUCCUCAGACACAGAAGGAGAAGCAGAGCCGUCUGGGGACGCCCUGGUCUUGCCCAGGGCAGCCAGACUCGAUGAGUUCCUCCGCCCAGAGGAGGAGGCGGAUUCUACUUCCGACUCAACUGAGAGCUUUUACGAGAGCCUAGAGGUACUAACACAAAAAGGCAGGUGGUGCCUGUUGGAAUCCCUUUAUCAGUCAGACCCAGACAGUGAUGGAAACCUCUCUGAAGAUGAUGAGAACCUGGAGAGUUUCUUUCAAGACAAGGGCAGAGGGAAGCCGCCGGUCCGGUACCCUCCAUCUCUGAGGUGUGGCUCCACAAGGCGCUGCAGCUCCUUGAGCAACCUUCCCUUGGACAGUCCCCGGGCUCAGCCCAGCCUGUCCGCUGUCUUCCGGCCCUCCUCCCAGCACAGAAGCCUCGGCUCCUGGGCCUCGUCCAUCACAGUCCCCCAGCCAUUCCACAUGACUCUUCGAGAGGCCCGGAAGAAGGCCCAGAGGCUGGCCUCGCCCUCCUCCUUUGAGCAUGAGAGGCAGCAGGCCCAGAGGCAGGGCCAGGAGGAAGCCGAGUGCCACCGCCAGUUCCAGGCACAGCCUGUACCCGCACACGUCUACCUGCCCCUGUACCAGGAGAUCAUGGAACGCAGUGAGGCCCGCAGGCAGGCAAGGAUCCAGAAAAGGCGGGAACUGCUCCUGUCUUCCCUGAAGCCCUUCAGCUUCCUGGAGAAGGAGGAGCAAAGAAAGGAAGCUCGACAGAGGGACUUGGCUGCCACAGUUCAGGCCAAGGUCCCCAAGCAGAAAGCCACCAGGAAGAUCCCCAAGUCUAUUCUGGAGCCAGCCCUCGGGGACAAACUGCAGGAAGCUGAGCUCUUGAGGAAAAUCCGCAUCCACAUGAGGGCCCUGGACACGCUCCAGAUGGCCUCCGCCCCUAUCACCUCCUCUAGUAGCCGGGCAGACCCACGGUCUCGAACAGCCACUCGAACCUGGGAGCAAAAGCUAGGGUUUCUGCAGACUGACUUUGAAUUCCAGCCUCGGGUGAAUCCUGCUGUCCCUGACUACGAGGGCCUUUACAAGGCCUUCCAGAGAAGAGCUGCCAAGAGAAGGGAAACACGAGAGGUGACUCGCAACAAGCCCUUCUUGCUGAGAACUGCCAACCUGCGUCACACUCAGCGCCUGGGAGAUGCCGACACCAACGGAGGGAAGAGGGACUCCCCACAGCCACCUGCCACUCCCCUGCCAAGGAGUCGUUCUCUCAGCGGCCUGGCUUCCCUGUCUGCCAACACUCUCCCUGUGCACAUCUCGGAUGCCACCAGGAAGAGGGAGUCUGCGGUCAGUUGCAGCAGAUCCAUUCCCGUUCCACAGGACCUUGCCAGGAAAGCAGCAGAACAACGGUAUCGAGACACCCUGCAGCAGGCUGGCCUGGAUGAAGACUUUGUGAGCAGCCAGGGUCAGAGCACCCGCACUGAACAACGGAAGAGGCCAGAAGUCAGUGAUUGCUGCAGCAUCCAUGAAAUUACGAAACUCGGCAUCAGGGAUCCACAGCAGAAUUUGGAAAACUCUCUAGAACAGUCUACAAGCCUCGAGAAACAACUGGAGGAGCUGUCUUUUGAAACACCAGAGAAUCUCAAAUCACUUGCUUAA